AUGCUGGACCUCUUGUCCAGACGUAGGCCAUGGGCCCUCGUCAUGACCGUGACGCUCUUCUUUCUCUUUUCAUAUUCGCUUCUUCACAUUAGAGCGACGCCCAUACAACAGAGUCAAGCGGAUUCAACGUCAAAUCCGAACCAGACACAGCAGCAACCACAGCCUCCCCCUAAUCCAGAGCCGCAAAAAGACGCGCCGGCCACGCCACCAACAGCCUCAGAGACGGAGAGCUUUCCUCUUGCCGCUUUCAGCGGAUCUACACCAAAGGAGUUUUCCGAUGCGUCUACUCACCCUAUCAAGUACCUCACGCAAAAUGCCCAGCAGCAGUUUGAGCAAACCGUAUCGAAACAGUCAACCACGCUAGAAAAUGCCGUAAAAGAAUAUCGCAGGCGACAUGGCAUCCCACCACCACCUCACUUCGACAAAUGGUUUGAGUUUGCAAAGACCAACAAUGUUCAGAUGAUUGACGAGUUUGAUACCGUCCACGACCUCAUCACACCGUUUUGGGGUUUAAAGCCGGCCACGAUUCGCCGCCGGGCAAAGGAGGCGCUGGGCUACGACAAUUCGCUGCUCGGUAUUGCCAUCCGCGACCAUGCCGUGGCAUUUACCGCAGGCGGGCCGGAAUGGCAAAAGAAUGCCACGGUUGGAAUGCUGGAGAGGAUGCUACCCUAUCUUCCUGACAUGGAUCUCGCUUUCAACCUGCACGACGAGCCACGUGUAGUGUUGCCUCACGACGACUUGACACGACUCGUCGACAAGGCACGUCGAGUAGCCAUGCCGGCGGCUGCAAAUCAAAAAGCACCCGCCAACGACUUCACAGCCAAUUCGCCGGAGCUGAGUGAGAAGCAGCGAUUUGACGAGACCAAGCUGACCCGUUUCAACAAUAUCCACCGCGAAGCGACCUGGACAAACUCGCGCAUGUCAUGCGCCCCGGAUAGCCCUGCGCGAACGCUCGAGGAUGAUGACGGUAUAGAUGCUGUGCAGAAGUACACCUUAAGCAAGGCUGGCCUUGUCUACAACAUCACCGCCAUGUCAGACAUUUGCUUGACACCAUCGCUCAGACAAACCUACGGCUUCUUUGACCGCCCCAACAUGUUCAAAGUGACGCACGACCUAUUCCCCGUCUUCUCGCAGUCCAAGAUCUCGUCUUACGCAGACUUGGUCUACCCCUCACCGUGGUACUGGUACGGCAAAGUCGAGUACAACGAGACGCUCGACAUGCCCUGGGCGGACAAAAAGAACAAGCUCUUUUGGCGCGGCUCUACAACGGGUGGCUUCAGCCGCAACGGCGGCUGGCGGCGACAGCACCGCCAAAACUUUGUCGAAAAGAUCAACGGCGCCACCGACGCGCCCCUUUUCGUCGACAGCGCCGCCCAAGGCAGUAGCAGAAGCCAUCGCUGGAACGCCGAGCAGGUCCCGCGCGGCGACCACCGCAAGCUGGUGGACGUGCGCUUUUCGCACAUUGGGCAGUGCGACCCGGGCGACUGCCAGGCGCAGAAGCAGCACUUCAAGGUCAAGGACGCCGUCGACAUGCAGUACGCCUGGAACUACAGGUUCCUGCUCGACAUGGACGGUAACGCCUUUAGCGGGCGCUUCUACUCGUUCCUGCAGAGCCGCAGCCAGGUCUUCAAGCUCGCCCUCUUUCGCGAGUGGCACGGCGAGUGGCUCCGCCCCUGGCUGCACUACGUGCCCCUGAGCAUGCAGGGCAGCGACUGGCUCGCCGCGGUGCACUACUACGGCGCGACGGAGGAGGGCGCCGCCGAGGCGGACAGGAUGGCGGCGGCGAGCCGCGAGUGGGCGGGCAAGACGCUCCGCAAGGUGGACAUGGAGGCCUGGUUCUUUAGGCUGCUGCUCGAAUAUGCAAGAGUCAUUGAUGACAAUAGAGAGACUAUUGGCUUUGAUAUUGCGAGCGCCGACAAGAAGCUGCCCCUGCAGGCACAGACGAAGAAGACGAAGCGCGAGCAAAACUGA